UUGUUUUGACAUUAGAGGAACAGAGAAAAAUCAAUACGAAAGUACAAGUAAACAGAAAGGUGUAUGAACGAGCAUUCAUAUCUAUCUUUUAAACAAAUGAAAUGUUUUCAAAAAUAACAUAGCAAAAUUCGUUUGCGUAAAAUAAAGCAAUAAAAACGUAAAGCUGUUUUGAAAUGGAUUCAAGCCAUCAAAUUAAUGUACCUCUGCGGUCCGGAGGCAAAAAAAUUCGAAAACGGCGGGAGCUUGAUGCUCUCAUAGCACAUUCCUUCGGGAAAAAACAACUUAUCCGGCGAACUACUUUAAACAGACUCUCGCAAGACAAAUUAUUAUCUGUAUCAACCGAUGAUGCCGAAGAUUAUACUUGUGUACAAAUGAACAGACCGAAAAACAACUGCAGCACAAACCGUUGUCACAAUCGUAAAUAUAUGCUUUGCAAACCCUUGCUUCUUUUCAUGGCAAGUAUGUUAUUAAUAGGACUUUUUUAUUGGAUGUAUUUGGACUUACGACGGGAGAUAUAUGAUUACAGACAAAAAAUUGAAGAAGUUGCCGUCAUGAACCAGGACUUACCAGAUACCCUUCAGAACUGGCACGAAAUAUCAACAUUGUUGGAAAAAAAUCAAACCGCGACUACAAUUCGACUAAAUGAAUUGGAACGAACGAUGGAAAUGUUAAGAAUAAAUUUCACGAAAUAUAGAGCUUCUGCAGAUGUUCAGCAAAAUUACGCCAAAGAACAAAAAUUAGUAGCUGACUUUGGAGCGAAAAUUGAAUCAGUGGUAACUGAUAUGGAAAGCAUUAAAGAUCAUUAUGCCAACGUGCUUAACAAACAAACAAAGAUGCAAACUGACUUAAAUGAUCUGAAUGGAAAAGUAAUGGACGCACAAGAAAAAGUAGUACAUGUUGGCGAAAUCUUAUCCAAUUUUUCGAAAGAGGAAGUUUUCAUAAAGUCGUAUCUGAGGAAUGAUUCCGUCCGCCUUCUCGACUUAAUGGAUGGUCUAAAUCUAACCUUCACACAAAAAUGGAACGCACUUCAUAAAAACAUUGAAAGCAAUAAGUUACAACUUAUAGAGCUUUUGAGUAGUGUAACAAAUGUGACAAAACACUUUGCUUCAAUGGAAAACAAUUGGGAAGAUUACAAAACAAAAAUCAAAGACUACCAGGGCCUUAUGCACCGCAUUGAAAAUGAUGUUUCCAAUUUAAAACUCAAAUCACGGACUAUUGAUCAAUCUAUUGCCGACAUGCACACUAGGUGUAACAACAGCAAUGAAACGCUUACGAAUCCACGGAAAAUAUCUAAUGAUGAGUAUAAUCAAAAAAACACCACAACGAGCCAAGAAAGAAAAGAAGUGAUACAGAUUCAUUGAUAAGGGGUACUAUAUUUAGUGUGCAUAUGUUAAAAUUAAAUUGAAAUCAUUAAGUUGCCAUUGAAAGUAUUAUUUCGUCCCCUUAGUAUAACAAUAGCCUAUGUGCUCAUAGGCUAUUAUUUUUUUAUUGAAUUUUUGGAUUCUCCAUCGUCGAUUUUAUAUGUGGUCAAAAUUUUGUCAAAUUCUAGUUCCACAAAGUGGGUCAAAACGUCAGUCAAAAAAUAAUAAAUAUUUACAGACAUAACGAGAUUUGAGUGAGAGCUACUUUCGACAAAAUGUUUGAAAUUCAUUUUCUCAAAACAUCAAACAAUUUAUAGGCUAUUUUAAUACUAAGGGGACGAUUUAAAACAAGAAAAUGUCAAAGGGGCAUGUUCAGAAAUUCUAACUGUAAGCCUAAAAUAAAAUUAGUAUGUUUACUUACAAUUUAAUCAUACUCUUUUAGUUAGUUCAAAAGCAGGAUAAGUUCCCGUUUAAAUGAGCUAUUGGACGAUAUUUCCGACGUCAGCCCACUGCAUCUCUUUCCUAUUGUUUAGAACCAAUAUUUGUUUCAACAAAACGCUUGAGGGGCCAGAUUUGAAUAUGCGAACAACCUUUAAUCCUAAAGUUACAAAUUUACUAAAUUGCUUCUGUUGGAUAAAUCCGUCCUCAUUUCGAUUUGGUGGGCACAAUGAUAUAAAAGUUAAACAUUUUGUUUCAUUUGUACAAUUUUUUGAAUUCGCUUCGCUUUGACGCAACCUAUGAAACGCACGAAUGCUGUGACCGCGAACAAUUAUUUAUUUAUUAUAACUAAUUUUUUAGUUUGCCGUAUAUAUGAGGACGGAAGUCCCAAAUUUACCCUAAGUCUAAAUUUCGCUGAGCGGCUAAAUUGCUUAUUAGAAGCCUGGGUGGGAUCUGCAUAUACAAUAAUAUUUCAAUAGAGACCCUGUACAAGCCCAUAUUUAACCCUGCCGUAUUAUCAAGUUACAAGGUUUUGAACUAACUAAAAGAGAGUAAUUUUUAUUGUUGGUAAUUUUCGCAUUUUAUGGCGUUUAUUUGCUUCGGUCUUCAGCUUUAUGCACAAAUUUAUUGUAUAUUGUAUAUAUUAUAUAAUAUUUAUUGAGAUUUCAUGUGCCAUGUGGGAACUGAAUUCGAUCUCAAAAAAUGUGGUUGAAGAAUGUUUUAAUGAUUGGAUUAUUUG